AUGUCUCAGAUUUCUCCUUCAAAGAAGACGACUUCCCGCUCUGAAACAGUAUCCGAUUCUAGGGCACCAAAUAUGGUGAGUGAUCAGGAUGUUGUGAUGAAUGUUGUGCCCUUGAACACGGUUCCGGCUACUGAUCCUGUUAGUAGUAUACCAAGAAAGAUACAUGCACGAAAAUCGACUGGUGGGUCCGUUCCAGAAACUUUUUCUGCUAGGGAUAAAGAGGGUUCUGCAUAUGUCCACAAUGCGAUCGCAGGUCUUGUCACGAGAAUCUUGAAUGAAGGUCACAAGGUAGAAGGAAUAUCUGUUCCUUUAGCCCAAGCUUAUGCUCCUGAGAACAGCAAAGACAAUCAAGUUGAUGCUAGCAAAGAUCAUGUUGAUGUUGAGACAUCUGAAGCUAACAAUGUUGAGACUUCUGAUGCUAAAGAUGUUGAAACAUCUGGAGCUAAAGAUGCUGCGAUUCUUGAAACAGAGAAAGCUGAAGAGGUCACUGCUACUUCUCCUAAAGAGAAGCUUACUCGCCCUAUUGACAAUGAUCCUAUUGACAUUGCUGAUGAUGACCUCAUCUCUAGCAUUUCUAACAGAGUCAAGGCUCGAAGGGGACAACAGGUUGAUGAUCAACAUCUUCCCAAGACUAAAGUUACUCCUCUAAAGAAUGCCACCAAAGAAAAGAUUAAGAAGGUCCCUGCUGAAUCUUCAAGAACUGGGAGCAAGGUUGCUGUGAAGAAGAGGAAAGAAAGAAGUGUUUCUGACUCAGAGGACAAUGUCCUAAGUGAUGUCCCUGACAUCCCUUCAAAGAAGAAGAUUGCUGUCACCAAAUCCUCCACAAAGGUUCGUGAUGUUCCCUUGGACAACAUUUAUUUGCACUAUGCUUCAAAUGCUAUCCAGUGGAAGUUUGUUUGUCAGAGAAGACUGGCUCUGGAAAGAGAGCUUGCAAAUGAUGCUCUGGAAUGUCAAGAGGUCAUGAAGCUCAUCAAAUCUGCAGGUUUGCUUAAAACUGUUACUCAUCUUUCUAAAUGCUAUGAAAUGCUCGUGAAGGAGUUUAUAGUAAAUUUGUCUCAAGAUUGUGCUGAUGGGAAAGCUGAGGAUUUUCAUAAGGUGUAUGUUAGAAGAAAAUGUAUAGAUUUCUCCCCAACUGUUGUCAACCUCUAUCUAGGUAGGGAUGAUGAGGCUCAACCUGAGCUUGAAGUGACUGACAAUGAGGUGUGCAAAGUUAUCACUGGUGGUAAGGUUAAGAAAUGGCCCAUAAAGAGUAAAUUGUCUGCUAGUCUUCUUAAUGUCAGGUAUGCUUUGCUGCACAAAAUUGGUGCUGCUAACUGGGUGCCUACCAAUCACACUUCUACCAUUGCUGUUGGCCUAGGUAGAUUCAUAUAUGAUGUGGGAACCAAGACAAAGUUUGAUUAUGGAACUUACAUAUUUGAUCAAACUAUGAGAUUUCAGUUACAAAUUGGUUAUGAAUCUGUUAUGAAGGGGUUAGAAUCAGUUAUAUCUGAAGUUAGUACUGAGUUGGAAGUUAGUUACGAAUCGGUUAGAGGGUUGGUUGUUAUUUCUGUUAGAUGGUUGUUGCUGUUGAAAGUAUAG